AUGUCGCAACCAGACUACCUCUCCUAUUUCCCACAAACACCCAAGGAUGACCGCAGAAGGACCUGGCCAGCUAGGCCCCCUAUAACUGAAAGCAAAAGUUCGAUAGCGAUGCGCGAGGUUAUUGCGCCAUGGGCAGAGAUGCCCGCCACACCACCCAGCUGCCGCACCGUGAGCUUCUCUCGCUGGUCGAGAUUCACGACUUCCGGCUGCAGUACACCGACCGGCGAGCUGAAGGCGUCGAAACUUUGCGCAAACUACGGCACGAGUCCAGCGUACAAUCCUCCAGCCAAAGAAUGGACCUAUUUGGGUGCAGAACAGCCGCUGCGAUGCGGCAAGCCUGAAGCCCACAGGAGCAGGCAUCACCGACAGCAGAACUCACAGCAGAGCUCAGGCACAUGUCCAUCGCUAUCCUCGACAGCCAGCACGACGGUCAGCAGCAGCAGCCAAACAGAACCGAUGGACUUUCGGCGGCGAGACUUCAAGCGCGCAAGCACGAGCUCGCAGCUGACAGAGUCGUUCAAGCCGUCGUCUGCCAAGGGCGGUCAGGAACAGCCUCCUGGAAUGCUGGGCCUGAUAGCAAAGCUUGGUUUGGACGCAUUGGACUGCCAGGAGCUUCCUUCGGCGUUUGAUUCUGAGGAUGAAGACGAUAUCGAUAUGGAGGAUUUAAGGUCCGGCGCGUUGGUGGCUGGUUCCAAAGGUGGUCUCGGCCGCCCACAGCAGGGCGACAGGAUGAAACGGUGA